AUGGCGGCGGCGGCGGCGAGGAACCUGGUGCUGCGACACCUCCGCUUGGCCGCGGCCCCCGCGUCGUCGGUGGCCCUCAGGCCGGCAGCGGCACUGCAGGGGGCCCUGUCGCGGCGGCGGUGGAUGUCGUCGGAGGACGCCAAGGGGUCGUUCCUGGACAAGGACGAGGUCACCGAGCGCACCAUCAAGGUCGUCAAGAACUUCCAGAAGAUCGACGACCCAUCCAAGGUGAAAGCAGAUGCCCACUUUAAGGAUGAUCUUGGCCUAGACAGUUUGGAUGCAGUAGAGGUUGUGAUGUCCUUGGAAGAGGAAUUUGGCUUUGAGAUACCUGACAAUGAAGCUGACAAAAUUGACUCCAUUAAAGCUGCAGUGGACUUCAUCGCCUCGCACCCCAAAGCCAAAUAA